CGAUUUCGCUCUCGAGGAAAAAAAAAAAAAAACCCUAGUUCCUCUCCUCGCACCGAUUUGUCAUUCGUGGUCGCUUAACCAUUCGCAGAUCUGGUUGUGUGUGAAGUAAAUUCGAGAGAAUUGAAUGGAUGAUGACUUUGCAGAUGGAUAAGAAUACUGCUUCCUCGCCAAGGGAGCGAGCCAAGGCCAUAUUCAAUAAGACUGUUGAGUUGGAAAUCAAGCGUCGGAAGGCUGCUCAGGCGAGGAGUCCGUUUGACCCUGACUUGUGGCAGCAAAUUCGUGAGAACUAUGAAGCUAUCGUUCUUGAAGAUCACACCUUUUCCGAGGAGCACAACAUUGAAUUUACUCUGUGGCAGCUGCACUACAAACGGAUUGAAGACUUUAGAUCACACAUUACUGCUCUCGUGGCUCCUGGUAACUCGAGUGUGGCACAAAAUUCAAAGGGUCCAUCUAGGCUUGACCGGGCCGCAAAUCUCAAGCUCCAGUUCAGAACUUUCCUUUCAGAAGCAACUGGGUUUUACCAUGAAAUGACCUUAAAAAUUAGAGCAAAGUAUGGGCUUCCCUUGGGUUAUUUUCAAGAUAGUCAAAAUUUGGCUGAGAAAGAUGGAAAGAAGUUAGCAGAAGUUCAAAAAGGCUUGGUAUCUUGUCACCGUUGCUUAAUAUACCUUGGUGACCUUGCUCGUUAUAAAGGAUUGUAUGGAGAGGGGGAUUCUAAGAACCGAGAGCAUGCUGCUGCGUCAAGUUACUAUUUGCAAGCUGCUUCUCUAUUGCCAGGCAGUGGAAACCCACAUCAUCAGCUUGCUAUAAUUGCUUCCUAUUCGGAGGAUGAGUUUGCAGCAACAUAUCGUUAUUUCCGGAGUUUGGCUGUGGAGACUCCUUUCCCAACUGCCCGUGACAACUUGAUUGUUGCUUUUGAAAAGAAUCGUCAGAGUUAUUCCAAAUUAUUUGCGGUUUCCAAUUCCAAAGACUCAUCUAAAAGACCCACUGGUAAAAGAAGAGGUAAAGGCCAAGAUAAUUCAUCGAAGAAAAAUGCGGACGUGGUAGCUGUUCCUGAGAAGGAUAAAGUCACUAGUGCAGAUGAGAUGCUCAAAACAUUCUGCAUUAAAUUUGUUCGUCUCAACGGGAUUCUCUUUACCCGAACAAGCCUGGAGACGUUCUCAGAUGUUCUUGCUUCCACUAGCAGCAGUUUACGAGAUCUGAUUUCUUCGAGCUUAACGGAAGAUAUGAGUUUUGGUAAAGACACCAGUGACAGUGCACUUUUUAUCGUUAGGCUUGUAACAAUUCUUAUAUUUAGCGUUGAUAACUCAAAGAAAGAAAAGGAAGGUCAGUCCUAUGCAGAAAUUGUAAAUCGUGUGGAGCUGGCGAGGAACUCCUUAACAGCAAGUUUUGAGUUACUUGGACACGUAAUGAAGCAGUGUGCGCAACUGAGUGAUCCUUCAUCGAGUUACUUCUUGCCUGGUGUCUUAGUUUUUGUUGAAUGGUUGGCCUGUUGUCCUGAUAUUUCACUAGGGAGUGAUCCGGAUGAAAGACGGAAUGCUGCGAGAAACAGCUUUUGGAACCAGUGUGUUGCCUUCUUCAAUCAAAUCUUGUCUCUUGGGCCUAUGUAUAUUGAUGAUGUUGAAGAUGAGGCUUGUUUCUCAAACAUGAGCGUGUACGAUGAAAGAGAAACGGAAAACCGACUUGCACUGUGGGAGGACUAUGAAUUAAGAGGAUUCUUGCCAUUGCUUCCAGCUCAAUCUAUUCUCGACUUUUCAAGAAGACAUUCCUUUGGAACCGAAGGUCCCAAGGAAAAGAAAGCUCGUAUAAAUAGGAUCCUAGCAGCGGGUAAAGCAUUGACCAGUGUGAUCAAGGUUGAUCAGAAUCCUGUGUAUUUUGAUUCAAAGAAGAAGAAAUUUCUUGUUGGUUCUCAACCGUCGGAUGACUUGCUGGAAUCACAUUCAAGCCCAGCGGAAGCUGAUAAUGCAUUUCAAGAUAACCAAGAAGUAAUGAAUCAUAUUACGCCAGUGACGCAGCUAUGUCAGCAGAUUCAUUUGGGUGAGGAUGAUGAUGAUGAAGAAAUUGUUUUCAAACCUCUAGUUACUGAGAAGAGGAAAGGGGCUUCUGACCACAUAUUUGUUCCUAAUGGAGGAGGCUUCAAGAAUCCUGAUCAAGUUGCUUCUAUGGGGGACUUCAAAGCUUUGAGUGUUUCAGAUGCAGCUUUUCAUGAAAAUCUCCUUCUGCAGGCAAGAGUCAACGCAAGCAUUCAAGUGCCUGCACCUGUUGGUUCUAACCUUCUGGGACAUCUUCUGCCGUCAACACAGUCCCAUGGUGCGCAGUUGCAACAGGUUCAGUCGCAGGCAGUGCAUCCUCAGCCGGCUCAGUCGCUAGCCUCUGCACGACUUCAACCAAUGCAAUCACAGGUUGCACAACAAUCGCAGGCAGCACUACUUCAACAACUGCAGUCACGGGCUGUGCACUUUCAACAUCCUCAAGGACAGGUCCCACAUGUUUCACUGGCCCAAUCACAAUCUGCUUCCCUUGGUGGUAGCAAGUGGUUACCAGAAGAAGCUGCAAAUAGCCUACCUGGUUUUGCUCAGAUGGGUAACGGCCACGUGAUUAGGAAUGAGAUUCAAGGAAAUCAAGGAUUUUCCUAUUACCCUGCACACUCAUUGCCGAUCCACCAGUCUUUCAAUGUCAAUGGUAUGGCUGGUAUGCCAUAUUCUCAGUCACGUACACCUGAAGCCGCAUUGGCACCCAUAAUUGAUACUGUUUCAUCUUCUGGAGUUAUUUCUGAUGGCCUGGGCGUGCAAUCUUCGAUAGCAAGAAAAAGUCCAAUCGGUAGACCCUCCAGGCAUCUUGGCCCACCGCCUGGGUUUAACUCAGUCCCCUCUAAGCUGCACAAGGAGCCAGCACCCGGUCCCGAUAUGUCUGGCAGCAGCCUACCGGCUGAUGAUUACAGCUGGUUGGAUGGAUACCAAAACCAGUCUCACCAAGGCACUAGUUUCAACAGUUUUUUGAAUAACGGUUCUUCUGGGAAGCCAGAACACAAUGGACUGAAUGGGCCUGCUAACUUUCCGUUCCCUGGAAAACAGGCUCCAGCAUCACAGGUCCAAGCAGAAUUUCCGUAUUUUCAGCAUCCUCAGAAAGAUAACUUUGUGAACGGAAACGAUCAAUCAGCUCAACUCCCGGAGCAAUAUCAAGGUCAUCCCAGUUGGUCGAGUCGUCGCUUUGUGUGA